AUGUUUCUUUUUGCAAAUAUAUCAAAGAAAUAUGUAACUAACAGAAAUUUUAUUUCAGAAUUUUUUUUGAUGUUUGAGCGAAAUGUUUCUCUUAUACAUAAGAAUUUAAUUAAAACUAACGGAAAAAAUUUCUUAUCAGUCAUUCAUAACAAUCAAAAUGAAAUAAUACAUGAUGAAAAUCUAAAACCUUUUUGGUUAAACCUAAAUGGAAAGGAAAAAAAUAAAUUAAAUCAUUAUGCAAAACAAGGGGAUAAAGAAAAAGAAGAUAGUGAAUUCUUAAAUAUUUCUAAAAGGUCUAAAAUGAUGAAGUAUAUAAUCAGAUUAAGAAAAAAAAAGAAUUUUAGAAAAAAAAUGAAUGAAUUUUUUGUGAAGAAUUCUAAAACAAUAUUGUAUAUGUCAAAUAAUAAAAAUUUAUUAUUUGAAGCAGUUUUAUCUAGUAAUAAAGAUUUAUUACAACAUUUUCGGGGUAAAUGUAAAAAGUUAUAUUACGUAAAUUAUGAUAUUUUAAAUUAUAUUUUUUAUGAUUCAGUAAACGUAAUGAAGGAAAAAAAUGAUUCGGUAGCCAUAUUAAAAAUCCCUAAUGUGGUAAAUAAAAUAAAGAAUAUAAAAUUCUUAUUAGCUUUCGAUAGAAUUCGAUAUGCUUAUAAUUUGGGUAAAAUAUUAAAUGUUGCUUAUUCUAUGAACAUAGACUAUUUAUUUUAUCUUCACAAUACUGUUGAUCCAUUUAAUUCAAAAGUAAUUGAAAUAACAAAUGGAUCACAUUUAAAUAUUCCAUAUAUGUAUGGUUCAUAUAAAGAUUUAAAAGAUUUAUGUAGUGAAAAUAAUUUGGUUCCAAUUGUAGCACACAUAAAUGGUUUAAACCCACAUAAUAUUUUAAAAGAAUCUAAUAAAAAUGGAAUUUGUCUUAUUUUGGGAAAUGAGUCUACUGGUCCUCAUCCAGAUACUUUAAAAUUUGCAAAACCAAUUAGUUUGCCAAUGCAUGAAAUGACUAACUCUUUAAAUGUUUCCGUAGCAGCAAGCAUUUUAAUCCAUUAUAUUAAAAAUAUGUUAUGA